AUGAAAGACGCAUCAUCUUUCCUCGAUGUGCUGCUUGCAGCCAAAAAGCUGCAGGCCACCGAGCUCUUCGGUCCGUGGGAUAUGGACGCGAAUGGGCACAUUGCCAUCGAACACCUCCGGCCGCUUCUCCGUAGCGUGUUUCCAUCCUCGUCGAGCUUAUCACAGCAUGGCUGUGCCAGUGCCGUCGAUCAUCUGUCGGUUUCGCAGGUGAAGAGGGCGUACGAGAGUGUGACGCGGCGACCGUGGGCGCUUCCCCCGUCGCUCUUGACGGCGCCCGCUUCCGCGAAGCAAAGUCGCCGUUGCUUGGACCCGAUGUACCUGGGACCUACGCUUAAUGAAGUGCACGCCAUCAUUGACGUCUUGUGCGGCGGCGAAACGCAGCCGGAAGUGGCAUUGAGGCUUGACAGCCGUGACCCUGAAGAGGACGCAUCGACGUGGCUUGCGGAGGCUCGCCAACGACCGUCAUCGAACACGGCGCCCCUCACGCCCACGACUGACACCAUCGGGAGGCGCACCGCUGCGAUGAGGGCGGUGCAUCACCCCUCCCUUACAAAUCACGCGCGGGUGGCCUUCCUGUAUGGUUCCAUGGAAGAGAUCUACCGUACCUUCUGCCUCGCUGCCAGCUCACCGGGCGAGCCGGUGCCCGACACGCUUCCGAUUGACGCAGCGCACCUGGGGCGCGUCGCGUGGAACGUUCAUGCACAACGGCUCAAGCUAUGGGAGGGACGCGCGCUGCACCAGCUUCUGGCUGCGACGGCAACCACCGCCGAGGCGGAUGCCCACCUCACUCUGGAGGCGUUUGUAGAACUCUUGUGCACCACGUAA